CGGAAGUGAGAUGUUGGUGUUGAGUCACCGCUGACAGUCCGUGGCAGAGAACAAGCUAACUGGCUGUGAUGAGGCAGAACGCGAGAGCAUCCUGUGUACUGUUUACAAUCUAAAGAGACUGGACUCUGCCUCUGUACAGGAUUAAACACUAAUUUAAUAGUCAUAUUUCCACAAAACUGUGACUAGAAGUACCAGACACGCGCUGCCAAAAUGAUGGAAGAAAUAGAUCGAUUUCAAGUGCCGACUGUUCAGUCGGAGAUGCAGCCCUUGGACCCGGCGGCAUCGUCUACUUCAGAGGGAGACUCGGACACCAGGGAGGGGGAGUCCGUGGCCAUGAACUACAAGCCAUCCCCUCUUCAGAUGAAAAUCGAGAAACAGCGAGAGCUGGCCAGGAAGGGGUCGGUGAAGAACGGGACCGUGGGCAGCCCGGUGAACCAGCAGCCCAAGAAGAACAACGUCAUGGCCAGAACACGGUUGGUCGUCCCGAAUAAGGGCUACUCCUCCUUAGACCAGAGCCCGGACGAGAAGCCGCUGGUAGCGCUGGACACAGACAGUGACGAUGACUUCGACAUGUCCAGAUAUUCCUCGUCAGGAUACUCCUCAGCCGAGGUGAGAUGUCUGAGGGACCAGCAAAUAAACCAAGACCUGAAUAUCCAGCUGCUGAAGGACGGGUACCGCCUGGACGAGAUCCCGGACGACGAGGACCUCGACCUCAUCCCCCCCAAAUCCGUCAACCCCACCUGUAUGUGCUGCCAGGCCACCUCCUCCACUGCCUGCCAGAUUCAGUAACCUGCACCCCCCCCCCCACCUCCAAAAAAAACGCCCCUCCUUCCCAUCUGCAGUGAGUUUACUUCGCCACCAGAGCGGCGACAGAAAGCAAUGAUUAAAAAAUAAAAUAAACGAUAGUAAUUAAUAAAGAAGGGAAUUAAAAAAGGUGGAAUUAAAAUCUAUUUAAAAGAAAUAAGAGAAGAAAAAAGAAAACUAAGACUAACAGUCAUUUCUUCCUCCUAUGGUAGGAUAUGUACGUCACUGUGUUUGUAGAGCCAAGCUGGAGAUGAUUGGAGAGCUUGAAGGGUAUGAGGUGGCAAUCCCUUUGCCAGUGUUCUGAUAACACUUUUUGUCCGUUGUGUGUAAAAAAACAAGUUAAAAAAUAGAUAGAUAUAUUAAAAAAAUUAUAAAAACACUAAAAAAUAUUUUGAGAGAAACUACACGUUCAAAGAUGGCCGCCCCUCAUCGAUCCUAGCUUCCACUCAUCUUUUUUGGCUUGAUUUUUUUAAAAUGGAAGAUUCUGGAAUGAUUGUGCUGUGUGCUGAAAAAACAGACAUGAAUGGUGGUUAAUGAUAAUGCAGAAUGUGGGAGGUUUGGGGUUGUAAAUAAGAGAAGCAUAAGGAGAUACCCAGGGCUCGUGUUGGUACUUGUGUUAUUCUUGGGGAGUUUUGUGAAUGAAUCUCCCCUUCACAACACUGAAAGUUGUACUGUGUAGCAAACAUUAGGGAAUUACACAUGUCCACAGUUUAGUGAACACUUCCUUAUGAGUUUUAUCGUAAUGUCUAAUACUUUUGAGAUAUUUUGUUUCUGUAACAUUGUUUAAAGACAAAUUGGAUUGAAGGAGAGAUUUAUCGUGUUCUUUUUUUUGUUUUUGUUUUUUCUCACCGAUACCGGUUUAUUUUUUUGAAGUUCUCAGAAAUUCGUGAUCUCAUUCACGUCCUGCAGUGAAGGGUCAGAGACAUAUCUCAGAAGGAAUUUGAGGUGCUUUUCUCUUAACACAUUUGUUUUGGUGACUCAGAGAGUGUUGAAAGUGUUCUGAUUCUUGUGGUGUCUCUGUACUGUACAGUAAUUCUAAAGGAUAGAAUCUUGAAAAUGAGAUUUUCAAGAUUCUGGAGUGGCUUGUACACAACCCUGCAAGCCAUGAUAGUUGCCUCCAUGAUGAACGUUGUGUUACUCUCCAGUUCAGUGGCAGUGCAGUUUUUGUCCAAACAGUCUUAUGAAACCACAAUGUCCACCGUACCAUGUGUAGAUGACCAUGUGUGCACUUUAUGGAGCCAGACUCUGCUGUUAUCAAGGCCCCCACAGAAGGCUGUGUGAUUUCGAUGUGUGGAAGGAACAUUGUCUCUUCUGAAAACAGACAUGGCGGGCCACAGAAAAAAGAUCAAAUCAACACUGAAAGGCCGCAGGAGAGAAGAGUGGUUUAAUGUUGCUUUCAUACCCGCAAAGCUCACGGGACUUGUUGGGGGAGGGGCGGGGGCUUCUCGAAUUUGGCUCGUGUUACUUGUUCUGCGGUGGAUCAGGGAUUUAUGUAAUUUGGCUCUUGGGACUUAUUCUGGGGUUGGUCAGGGGGCUUAUUGGAUUUUGUCUUGUGGGACGUAGAGUUGUGUGUGGGUCCAAUGACUCUCUCAACAUUGACCUGUUUUCCCCAGGGAGUGAAUGGCCUGGCUACAAAAUGGCUUCCGGUAAGCCGAAGGCAUGGGUUCAUCCCCGAAAUACAGCAACAGGGAGUUCCCUUGGGAAGGGGGGGAGCCCAACUGCCAUCUCCCGCCCCUGGGGUUUUGUACGGUGGGUCUUUUUGAUGUGAAUAUGGAAUACCUCCUCCGGUAUCUGGUCCAGAGACUGGAAGGCAGCCGCAGCCGCAGUGCAUUGUUGUCUGUUGGAAGCACCUGCAGUGCUGGGAGAAAUCCCAUUAGUAAAACGGUCCGUCGCUAGGGUAGAUACGCUAGUGACAGAGCUCUGCCAUUCAUGAGAACUUCAGCCUCCCCUUUGUGUUCGCUCUUCGCCUUGACGCACCAGAAGUUUCUAGAAUUCCUGUCCACUCAAACUGUAUGUACAGUGAUGACUGCCUCUCCGGUGGCUGUUUGCGGUUUUGCUUGGCGGUAUUGAUCGAUGCCGUUCGCUUUGUGUCGCGGGUGAAAUUACCAGGAAAAGACACUUUAGUGUUUCCGCCGUCUGCUCUGCAGUCUGGUUGUCUGUAUUGAUUUAUUUUAGUGGUUUAUUUUUUUGUUAAUUUUUUUUGUCUGAUGUUUGUGUAUCUGCUUUGGCUGGGAGUUGGAUGUCAUCGGAGCGAAUGUUGUCUGGAGGAAGUGUGUCCGUCAGGAGGGGAGAUGCUGGGUUUGCCGAUUUCUGACCCAACAUGGCGUCAUUACAGAAUGAGUUCCUUGGGUUCUGUGGCUUGUACUGAUGCCAAUUGGCUGAGAUUCCUCCAAUAACAUGCUCAGAACAUUCACAAAGAGCUAUGUUCCCAAUAUCAUUUUAGAACCACUCCAAACUGUACCCCAGAGGGAGAAAUGGUGCCAAACAUGCAGUGUGUGAUGCAUGGAAUCUUUUCAAAUAAAUAUAGUAAAGUGUAAUCUUUUAAGGCAGAUUUUCCCAUGAUGCAUUGCUGCUGUACAUGGUUGAAGGUUGCUGAGGCAACCCCUACUAUAAUGGCUCUGGAUGUGACUGGCUGGGCUCCACCUGCUGAUAAUUCCCAUGAUCCAGUCUGAUCUUGUGGCCCUGCUUUUAGACAAGGUCAAACAAAAAGCACAGCCCACGACGGUUGUCCUUCAGCCAUUCUGUAAACCAAAGAGACGGCCGUCUGUGUUUCGCCAAAGUUCGAAUGUUACCGUUUUAAAACGUGGCCGUCUUUCCCAGUGGGAAGAUGAGCCUGGAAGACCGGGCUCUUUUACGUGAACGUGGGAGAGAAGAUGAGGUCGCGACCGGCUAACCGCUAACCGGCUAACCAGGUCCGCACAGGCUCCAGUGCGCUCGGUCCUACGCGAUCCCCCGCGCUGCAGUACUCGUAUUGCGAUCAGCCUUUAGCCUCUGACCCAAGCUUUUAUAGCUUUCGGUUGCUCAAGUGUGCCAUGGGAGAGGCUUGUGAACUAAGGGGUUGGGGGGUGGGGGCUGCGGGGUCCCAAAGGACAUAUGACAUUGUUUUUAAUUUCCCCUAAAAACUGUGAGAUGACAAGCACAAGGUUUGCUUUGAUACAGUGCAGUUCUGCGCCCCGCCUCUUUAAUUGAGUACAUUUGCAUGCUGGUCUGAGUCAUGGCUGAGGCAUCAAACGGUUGUUUUGGGGUUCUGCUAUUUGAAUGGGAAAUUAUAUUUUUUGAAUGUAGGUACUUCCAACCCCUGUGGCAUGUGGUGCGUUGUAAGAGAGACUAGUAAGUCUUUUGCUUCUUUAUGAUCCUUUCAGUUUGUGGCAAAUCUGUGUGGAAAUGACCACCAUUGCAGAGGGUCAGAGGCACUUGGAGUCUAGCUGUUUUAAUGUCACUGAACACAUUAUGUGCGUUUAACACUGACCCAGAUUUGUUCACAGAAAACCGACAGAUAUACCACGAUUUGCGAAAAAGGGGUCAAAAGGUAAAUGGGUUUGUUUAAACAACAAACACAAUGUGAGAGGCCACCUGUUUCCUUCUGAGCAAGGAAUGCACCAAUCAGAUCGUAAGAGAGGUCACAUGGCCAAAACACUUUUUAUGUAUUUUUAAAGUAGCAUUUUUUUUUUUUAGCCGCUUUGUGUCACAUGACUUGCGACACCUGCUCACUCCCAUUGCGCUGCACAAAGAUGGCCGUCCUUGCUUAUCCUCCCUUAGCCAGAACCUCGGUGAACCUCAGCGCCCCCUGCCUGUCACUCUCUGAACACUCCGCAUAGGAUUCCACCUCACUGAUCAAGCCCAACCUCCCUCAUCCACCUAAUAACAUAAAAGCGAUAUGAAUGCAAAAUAUCAAUAGCAGAAGGGAAACGUGAACUACAACAUUAUAUGUAUAUAGAGGGUGUUUGUUUAUAUGUAUUUAAUGAAAUGGCUUCUGGUUCAGUUCUAACAGAAUCGGGUUCUCUUCUGUAUGUUCGCCUGGCUCUGAAUGAGUGUAUGGAAAGACGUGUGAUUGAAUGCUCUUUCUCAGGCAGGUUCGUGAGCCUGCCUGUCCAACUCCCCUCUGGGUAAAAAAAAAAAAACCGCUUCAGAGACACGCGGCGCGUCUCUAAAUUAUUCACCCCGUCUAAUUAAAAUUGCUCUUUCAAAACUGAACGCGUAUGCGUUGGCCGUUGUACUCCACGCAGAGAAGUGUUCUCUGGGGUAACGUGUCUGUUUCAUUGUCUUUUCUUUAAACGCAGCACUUCGUAUGAUGUGUAGAGUGUACACAGUUUCGCGCACGUAAUGAUGUCUGUCGUUACUUGCUACAAGUUAUCCAAGCACUGGCCCCAGUGCCAGAAUCACAGCAUCAAAGGGUAAAACCGAUCAACUGAUUAACGUCUAUAUGAACGUUCUGCGGUCAGUGGCAUUAAUUAAAAGUGUUGACCAGGAAUAUUCAUAAUAUAACAUGAAAAUCAUUUUUGCCUAACUUCUCUGUUCAGAGUUAAGGACAAAACCAAGCUGUGGGGAAACCUAAUCUGGGCACAGAUCUCGGAGAUGCAAUGUUCCUUCCAUUCAGUUGGACGGGGGAGAUUUAUGAGAUGUGGGUGAGCAGGGGCACCUUCCUGCUGUCAGUGUGACCGUCAGGCCUGUUUUGUGCUGUGUCUUCUUUCAGCUCCGAAGUGACAUUGUGUUCAGGUGCACUCUGUACUGCUCCGUCUGAAUGAGUGGAAACUUUUUAUUUUUAUUUAUUUCAAAAAUCCUCCUUUAAUCUUGUUUUUUUUUUUGUCCAGUCCCUCGUCUAUAAACACGGUGUCCCUUCUCUGGAAGAGAAGAUGAUGCAGAGUUCACUUUAUUUUUUAUUUUAUUUUUUAUUUUCCUUGGUUGCAGUCUCAUUACCGCGCCCGCUCACGGCUCUGAAUAUGUUUGCUACAUUAGAGUAUGCCUUAAGUGAUGUAUUUUAUAGAACUCAUAUUUAUUUCCAGUGUUACGUUUUAAUUUAUUUGAGAUAUAAAAAGUAUGCAUUUUUUUAACAUAGACACAGAUGUUUUUUUUUUAUUCUUAUGAUUAUAAAUGUGAACAUUUCCAUACCAGUAUUUAACAAUGUUAUUGUUCUGUGUAGUGUAACAUAUCAAUAAAGACAAGAAGAAAAGAGGUG